AUGGUUCCCCGGAGCUCCGGAGUGAAGGGCGAUUCCAGCAUCGCCGGCGUGACAGGCGGCUCUGGCAGCUGCUGGCUGACUGACGGCUCCGGCCGCUCCUGGCUCAGACAGACGGGAGACUCCGCUCAGGACAGACUCCUGGCUGACGGGAGACUGACGGCUCAGGACAGACGGGAGACUCUGGCAGCUCAGGACAGAGACUCUGGACACUCUGGCAGCUCAGGACAGACGGGAGACUCUGGCAGCUCAGGACAGACGGGACACUCUGGACAGACGGGAGACUCUGGCAGCUCAGGACAGACGGGAGACUCUGGAGCUCAGGACAGACGGGAGAGCACCUAUAGGCAGAAGACGGAGAGACAGUCUGAUGCGGGGGCUGCCACCGGAGGGCUGGUACAUGGAGGUGACACCGGAUAG